GCCCCCAGUACCACUGCCCCACCCAACCCUCAUGAUCUGAUCCACAAAGCUCCUGAAAGCCACCAUUCCCUCCUUUGCUUGCCCUCUCCAAGAACAGAACUAGUAGCCCUCUUCUGCUCCAAGAAGCCUUUUUUGAUUCCGACGAGUUUCCCCCAUCAUCACAAUGAUCCAAGAACUCCUCGGAGGGACACCCAUGGACCAGCACCACCACCACCAGCAGAUCAAGAGCGCCACCAACGCUAUGGCACACCACCACGUGUCGUCGCUCCCCAUGGUGCUGCAGCCCAUCUCCGCCAACCCGUCGCCGACAUCUUCCUCGACGUCGUCCCGCUCGUCCACGCAGCGGUCGCCGUCGGCCACGUCGUCGCCGCAAGGGCAGGGGCAGCAGCAGGGCCCCGAGCAGGCGCCGCUGCGGUGCCCGCGGUGCAACUCCUCCAACACCAAAUUCUGCUACUACAACAACUACAACCUCACCCAGCCCCGGCACUUCUGCAAGACGUGCCGCCGCUACUGGACCAAGGGCGGCGCGCUCCGCAACGUGCCCAUCGGCGGCGGAUGCCGCAAGCCGCGGCCCAUGCCGGCCCCCGUCGCCAAGCAGAGUACCGUGGUGCCCGCGGCCUCGUGCAAGUCCGCCUUGUCCGGCACCGGCAUCGGCAUGGCGCCGCCGCCCCUCGGCCUCGGCGUCGGCCCGGCCAUGUCGUCCUGGGCGCCGCAGCAGCUCAUGGCACUUCUCAACAGCACCAGGGCCAUGCAAGGCCUGCAUCACGGGGGGCAAGGGCACGGGCACGGCGGAGGCGGCAACAACGUUCACCGGCUUCUUGGGCUGGACACCAUGGGCCAGCUCCAGGUCCUGCCGGGCCACUCGCCCAACAACGCCAUGUGGCCGCCGGUCGCGCACAGGCCGAUGCCGCCGCCUCCGCCGAUGCAUCUCGACAUGGCCGGCCCGCUAGGCCUGGGCCUGGGCGGCCACAGCGACCUGUUCUCGAACCUCGGGCUCAAGCCGCCCUCGUCAUCCUCGCUGGCGCCGGCCGCGAGCUACUACAACGACCAGCUGAACGCGGUUGUGAGCAACGGCGGGGGCGGCGCCGGGCGCCCCAACGCGUACGAGUCCCCGUCGUCCUACUCUUGCGCCACCACGAUGGCGUCUCUCCCCGCGGCCUCGUCGACCGUCUCCAGCGGCCUCACCGUCGGGAUGGAUCAGCAGCAGCCACCCGUGUCGACGUCGUCGUCGCUCGCCGCGCAGGAGAUGCAGUACUGGAACAGCGGCCCCGCGGCGAUGUCCAUGGCGGCGUGGCCCGACCUGCCCGCUCUCAACGGCGCAUUCCCAUGAGAAUGAGAUUGUAUCGGAUCGACGGCGACGGCGUUCCAUUACAUGCAUGACACUAAUAGUGUGGCUCUGUCAGUUUAGCGUAGCUCGAUCGUGUGGGGGCUUUUUCAUCUUUUUUCCAAGGUGUUUGAUGAACUACUCGGGAGGGAGGUUUAACCAAGUUUUUUUUUCCCGUAGUUGCUGGUGUUUUUGUUAAUCAGUGGGUGUGUGGGGGUUGAUGAGUAACCUUAGUCUCUACUUAGUUUUUUCUCUAAGAGUAAUUGGUGGUGCUGGUAUAGUGUUAAGUAGAUCAAGAUCAAUGGCAUAGGCGGCGGGGGUUUACGUUGUAGUUUAAGAAGAUGUCGAUCGGUUUCAUUCAGUGUGUGCUUGUAAGAUGGUACUCCUAUCAUUUCCUGCAAGUUGUUGUACUUGUUUAGCUGGAAAUCUCACUUUCCACUCGAUCAGAAAAUGCAAAAGUACACAGGCUUGUGUGCCUCACGCAAGUACGUACUACGAAAGGCUGGAUCGGCCCCUUUGUUUGCUUUCUA